AUGUCUCACCUCGCCCCCAGCUCGGACUUCAAGAGCGCUCUGGACAGCAGUCCCGGGGCCAACGCUGAGGAUGAAAAAACUGAGGAGGACGUGCCCAGGCCCAAGAACUACCUGUGGCUCUCCAUCGUCUCGUGUUUCUGCCCCGCGUACCCCAUCAACAUCGUGGCUUUAGCCUUCUCGGUUAUGGCCCUCCACAGCUACAACGACGGAGAUUUUGAAGGGGCCAGGCGGCUCGGGCGGAACGCCAAGUGGGUGGCCGUCGCCUCCAUCAUCAUUGGCCUUCUCAUCAUCGCCAUCACUUGUGCGGUUCACUUCACAAAGCAGUGGCUGCCGGCUCAUGGCGGCCCACCGGUGCUCUCCAUUGAGUAUGGCUGUGUCUCGCACCACGCAGCCGCAGUCGUGCUGUCUGUCUGUCUGUCCCACACAGGGCUUGAGGAGCUGCCGUCAUUGUCGGCCGUGAGCGCGGAGGAUGGACCUCACCUGCACACACCUCCAGAGUUUCUGAGCAGCGAACCCUUGACUUCAGACCUUGAGGUCUUUUCCUCCAGGACUCUCCAGAGGCAGGUCCCUGGCAACUGA